CCCUCUCUCCCUCUUCCUUAAACCCUAAUCUCAAUGACAACCACCGCAGCAUCCCCGCCGCACCCAGAUGAGCAACUCGCUCCACCUUCACAAACCUCAAGAGUGAGCCCCAAGACGGUAAACGGCGCCGUCUCCGCUCUACUGAAAUGGAGAAGCGAGAAAUCAAAAACAGAGAAGCCACAGCUCCUCGAGCAAGACGAGUUCAUCUACCUAAUCGUCACCUUAAAGAAGAUCCCACAAACUAACCGCACGAAGCCUCACCGCAUCCCCCUCCCUCACCCUCUCAUCAACACCGAAGAAGACUCCUCCUCUCCCGAGCUCUGCCUCAUCAUCGACGACAGACCUAAAAGCGGUUUAACGAAAGAAGACGCGAAGAAGAAGAUCGAGUCCGAUAACGUCCCGAUCACGAAGAUCCUCAAGCUCUCGAAGCUCAGGACCGAUUACAAGGCCUUCGAGUCGAAGCGCAAGCUCUGCGACUCGUACGACAUGUUCUUCGCGGACCGGAGGGUGAUCUCCCUCCUCCCGAGGCUGAUCGGGAAGAAGUUUUUCAGUUCCAAGAAGUUACCAGCAGCUGUUGAUUUGAAGCAUAGGAACUGGAAGGAGCAGGUGGAGAGGGCUUGCGGAUCUGCGAUGUUCUUUGUGAGGACCGGGACUUGUAGCGUUGUGAAGGUUGGGAAGUUGUCUAUGGAAGGGGGUGAGAUUGUGGAGAAUGUGAUGGAGACUUUGAGUGGGGUUGUUGAGGUGUUGCCGGGUCAGUGGAAGUAUGUUAGGUCUUUGCAUUUGAAGCUGUCUGAGAGCGUGGCGUUGCCUGUGUAUCAGAGUGUGCCUGAUUUGAAGCUGAAGAUUGAUGCUUUUGGUGCUGGGAAUGGGAAGAGUCUUGUUUUUAAGGAAGAGGAGGAGAGUGGUGAGAAGAGUGAUGUGGUGAAGGGGAAGAAGAAGAAGAAGGGGAGGAUUCAUGAGGUUAGGUAUAUGGAUAGUAAUGUGUCUGAGGUGCUUGAUGAUGAUGAGAUUGGUGAUGUUGAAGUGAGUAAUGAGGUUGUUGAGUCUGCUAGUGAUAAGAAGAAGAAGAAGAGAAAGAAGGUAAGUGAGGUUGCAGAGGCUGAGAAACCGAAGAAGAAAGUGGCCAAGGGGAAGCUGAAAGAGAAAAGUAUGGAUGAUAAGGAGGUGAGUGAGGUUGUAGAGACUGAGAAACCGAAGAAGAAAGUGGCUAAGGGGAACGUUAAAGAGAAGAGUAAGGAUGAGUUAAAGCCGAAGACGAAGAAGACGGAGAUCACAAAACAAGGGUCUGGAGGUGGUUUGACACCUAAGAGGAAGAAAACUGUCGUUAGAAAGUGAGGCAAUGGAAGAUCAGAGGAUUAGAUCUUCAUGGUUUUUGCUUUUCUUUUUUUAUUGAAUCGUAGUGCUGAUUACAUUUUGUUGUCUUUCAUUUCUUGUACUGAUGCAUGUGGAGGAAACAUACGUCUGUUAUCAGUUUUGAACCUUUCUUAUUUUACCUUCAUUAUAAACAAGUUAUGCACACGCAACGUUAGG